GUACGCCAUAAAUAUGGCGCCAAAAGAGUUUUCAAGCUGAUGAUAAGAGCUCAUUUUUUCCUCUUGUCUUUUUUUUUUGGAAGGCAGGCAGGGGUGGAAGUUGCAAGACAAGACCCGGUUGUGCAUUUGUGCAGAGCGGAGUGCAGGUCCAUCCAGCGGGCAGAGGACUGGAAGAAGCCAGGCACGGCUCAGCACGGCACGGCAAGGCAGCAAGUGAAGACGAGGAGAGGACAGAGCUCUAUGUUUUAUUUUGGAAGGAGGGAUGUUGCGAAACUAGCUCGCAAUCUUUUCUGACUCAUCGUUUGGAAAUAAAGCAUCCUUUUCUUUUUUUUUAUUUCCCCUCCUCCUCCUGGUUCUCCGUCCCCUCCUCCUGUACCUACCCUACUGCUGGCACCGGAGAGGAAAACACAGUCGGGAUUUUGACACCACGUUUGGGCUGCUUUUGCAAAAUGCGACAUGCUUCCCUGUGAGCGGUGUGUUGUGCGCACCUCUCCGCCUGCUACACCGUGAGCCGCCGGAGGAGCGGCGGCACCGUUCGGUUUGUUGUUGUUGACUUGUUUUAGGCUCCCUUCGUUGUGAAACUCCUAUUUGAUCGGCACUUUUGGGGAUUUUAUUUCGGAUUUGAACUCGAUCGUCGGUGUUUGCGGGGCUGACGUGCCAACACGCACCGUGAAGGGAAGGGAGGGGAAGGGACAGUCCUGUCACCCAACGUGGAUCCAGGGUCAGGGCUGUUUAGCACCAGUGUUAGCCGCCUGCCAGGGCACCGACUGGGCACACGCAACUACUACCGUGGAAAACUACAUGUGCCUGGCUCCCAAUGAUCUCCUAAUCUGUGGGAAUCGCCCGCCGUCCAGGACUGAGGACGUUUCUACACCCGAACCUGACUGCGAUCAAGAUGGAGAGCGAGAAGAAGAGGAGAAAAUACUCCACGAGUAGCAACGACUCUGACACCACAGACAGUCAGGUGACAUCGUGGUGCAGGUCAUCCAAGAACACAGGUACCAGCAGCACUUGGGUCCGCCACCAGCACAAGAAACCAUCUGAGGUAUUUCGGACAGACUUCAUCACAGCCAUGAAGCUGCCAGACUCGGCACAGCUUGGCCCCGAGGACUUCUACGUGUUGUCAGACCCCUGGAGGCAAGAGUGGGAAAAAGGAGUACAGGUCCCUGCAAACCUGGAGGCCAUACCUGAGCCUGUAGUCAGGUUAAUGCCAGAGACCACAGGUCUGUCCUCCAGUGGUCCAUCCCACACCAGACAGGAGAGGGAGGGGAACGGACAGCCUCCCAUGGCCCAGCUCUACAGCUGCUAUGACCUGGAUGACCUGGACGUCACCUGGCUGGAGCUGGUUAACCAUGAAUUCAGACAGAUGGCCUUACCAGAGUUGGACGAGCUAACAAUGGAGUGUGUUCUGGUUGAGUUGGAGAGUGUGUGUGAGGAGAAGAUGCAACAGGCCAUUGAAACGGAGGAAGGCCUGGGCAUUGAGUACGAUGAGGACGUGGUGUGUGAUGUCUGCCGUUCACCAGAGGGAGAAGAUGGAAACGAAAUGGUCUUCUGUGACAAAUGCAAUGUCUGCGUCCAUCAGGCCUGUUAUGGCAUCCUGAAGGUGCCCCAGGGAAACUGGCUGUGUCGGACCUGUGCUCUGGGCGUCCAGCCCAAAUGCCUGCUCUGCCCCAAGAGAGGAGGGGCCCUCAAGCCCACCCGCAGUGGAACCAAGUGGGUCCACGUCAGCUGUGCCUUAUGGAUCCCCGAGGUGAGUAUAGGCUGUCCAGAGAAGAUGGAGCCCAUUACCAAGGUGUCCCACAUCCCUGCCAGCCGCUGGGCUCUGUCCUGCAGCCUGUGUCGAGAACACACAGGAACCUGCAUACAGUGCUCCAUGCUCUGUAUUGUGGCCUUCCAUGUGACAUGCGCCUUCGACCACAGCCUUGAAAUGAGGACCAUUCUGGCUGAGAACGACGAGGUGCGCUUCAAGUCCUUCUGCUUAGAGCACAGCAGCACCGUCACCAAUGGCAGUUCAACCACCAACACUUGUUUCACCAGUUCAAGCAACCACACCACAACUUCCACCCCCAACAGCGCACACAGCACAGCGAACCCUGAUGGGUCAACACUGGUAUCGGUUCUGAGCCCGAUCUGACCAGCAACAGUUCAUCCAAAUGGUAGCAGUGACCCUGAGCCGAGGUCUGUAUCGUGUCCUAUUUCUGUGUCAGCAUCAGAGCGUGCUGAGCGGGAUCAACUGGAGAGAGAAAAGGUGAGCCAGAGGAAGCAGAAGCUCCAAGAGCUCGAAGAUGAGUUUUACCAGCUGGUGAAUCCCAAGGAGGUGGCGGAAAACCUUGCGCUGCCAGUCUCUCAGGUGGAUUUUCUAUAUCAGUUCUGGAAGUUGAAGAGGAAGGCCAACUUUAAUCGCCCGCUGGUGACCUUAAAGAGGGACGAAGUUGACAACCUGGCCCAGCAGGAGCAGGAUGUCCUGUACAGGCGACUGAAACUCUUCACACACCUCCGACAAGACCUAGAGAGGGUGCGUAACCUGUGUUACAUGGUGACACGGAGGGAGAGGAUGAAACACACUCUGUGCGACCUCCAAGAGAAGAUCUUCCACUUGCAGAUACAGCUGCUAGAAGAGGACAUGGCUGGGGAGAAAACCCAGAAGGGAGAAAAGAGGAAGCAAAAUGGAGUGAAGGAGAAAGGGAAGGAGAGGAGGAAGAAUAGUCCCGAGAAGAGAAAGGAGAGAUGGAAGUCAGAGAACGGCUCCCUGCUUAAAGAGCUAGGUUUGUCAAAAUCCUUCCCACUGGACAACUCUCUCUUCGACAGCUGGCUCGCCCAGUCUGUCCAGAUCACUGCUGAUGACAUGUUGAGUCAGUGGGCUCUAGGAGCUCAGCACCGGGACAAGAGCGGCAGCCUGCUGUCUGACCAGCUUCUGCAGGGAGAGGAGAGCCUACUGAAUUUGAUGAUGGAGAACUCCAUGCAGUCCACCUGGAAAACACCCCAGCUUGGCCGCAAACCUCGAACAAGCAACAAGCCUCGUGCUCGUGGACAGGCCAACGCCCCCACCCAUCCUCAGACCCCUCUGUCUGCAGCAUCUGCCUCUGCUGGGAGCAGCCCCUCCACAGCCAAGAGCCUGUGGACCAGCAUGGCGGAGGAAAAGCCUAGCAACACAGGACGCAAAGGGGACAGGUCCCAAGGCUCAUCCAAGGCUCUGCACCACCACCACCUUCACCACCACCAGACCAGGAGCUCAGACCUGCACCGAGAUCCACCACCACAGCCUCCCAUUUCCAAAAUGGAUUCCUGUCAUAUCUCAGAGGACCGUGGUCCAUGGAGCAGCAUCCUCACUGGGAAUGGCAAUCCUGGAUCUGGUCUCACAUUGAGCUCGCCUCCGCCUCCUCCUGCCUCCAACCCUGUGCACACGGCAGCAGACACAGGUGCUCUUCUCCGUGGCGGAGCCCCACGGCCCCGUCUGGCCCGUCAGGGUAAAUCCCGGGGAAGGGGGGUCAGCAGAGGCGGAGCAGAUCCUGCAGACCUGCCAUUCACAGGAAAGGACACAUCCUUGCUGGACACGGCAGAGACUGAUGGGUACUUCUCUGAUGGCGAACAGAGCGAUUCAGACACUCGCUCCAGUGGACGCAAACUCCGCUUGCCACAGUUGCAUUCUGGGAAUGAGGACCUGCUGAGAAGAAGCGUUCUGGCAUCCUAAAGAACUGAGACUUACAAACACACACACACAAACAGAGCUCUGUGGUUUGCAGAAUCCCAGUCUUUUGAGUCCCACUGGCUAAAUGUUUUUCCAUCUGUGCCCAGCAUACAAAACAUGGCUGGAUGGCUUUGUUCAACCAAAUCCUCAUCAUAUUUACCAGUGGAAAAUAUCUUCAGCUCUUAACCUGCUUUGUUUUGAGGGGAAUUUGAAUGUAGCUGUUUGCCUGUCAUACAGUAUAGCUACUCCACCACACCAUAGUUUGUCGUUAGCUAAUGUGAUACGUUCAAAAAAAUAGGGGAAAAAAGCAUUACCUUUAGUCUUCUCUUUUCUUCAUUUUAAUUUUGUUUCUGGGAGUCGAAGAACCCAGUACUGGCCUCAUGUCUGUAUUUUCUGCCAGACUUGGGAACAAACACUUCGGGGCAUUAUUAUCAUUAUUAUUAUUAUUAUUAUUAUUAUUAUUAUUAUUAUUAUUAUUAUUAUUAUUAUUAUUAUUAUUAUUAUUAUCAUUAUUGAAGCUGGUUUCAGGGUCUUCACUCCUGGUCUUCUGUGGCCUGAGAUACAUCCAAUGAGUCCUUGUUUUCUUGAAUAUGUUUAGUCAAAGAAGACAAUUUUCACAUCAGAGCUGGUCUGAAUAUGUACAGGUGACUUAUGGGACAACAUGUGUUCAGCCUUGAAAAGCACAACUAGUUAGUCAUAAGAGCUGUAAGCACUUGUGUGUAUAAUAUGUGCUCAUUCAGGGUUGGGGUCAAUUGUCAUGUUGAUUCAAUUACAAAAUGUAAAAGAAAGCCUUGGUUUUUAGACAGAGAAGCAACAGAACUCAAUUUUUUUUCCAGCUUCAUAGUGACCCCAGCCCUGGUGUUCAUUCAGAUUGCCACACAGACACAAACACAGAUACACACACACACAGACAAACUCCUAUAAGCAAAUCCCUUUGCUCCAAUCCCAACCGUUGUUAAAAUAUCUGCUCUAACAUUUAAUGUCGGAUGCUUUGAAAUUCUUCCUGAUGCCGACUUCAGUUUUAUUUUGAUCUCUGAAUCAUUUGAGAAUUAUGGUAGAAACUGUGCCUUCUGUCGCUUGCCCUGCACCCCUUACCCAAUGACAAAACCCCCAAAAAUGUCAAUCAACCAAACAAUCAGUAGAUCAAUCAGUCGUCGCUCAAUCGGAUUUGUAACAAUCAGCCUAAAGGAAAUGCUACUGGACUGGUUACAGAGUGCAGCCAGCUCUGGGCUCCUGUUACCUUAGCAUAACCGUAUCUAGUGCCUGAAACGAGGAUGUAAAUGCAGCAUUUGCCGUUAAUCAGGAAAGCAUC